AUGUCGGGGGCCUGCCUUGGGUUCCUGGUCUGCGUCCUGUGCUGCGUAGUCAGAGCCUAUCCCAAUGCCUCCCCGCUGCUCAGCUCCAGCUGGGGUGGUCUGACCCACCUGUACACAGCCACAGCCAGGAACAGCUACCACCUGCAGAUCCACAAGGACGGCCAUGUGGAUGGCACACCCCAUCAGACCAUCUACAGUGCCCUGAUGAUCAGAUCAGAGGAAGCUGGCUUUGUCGUGAUAACAGGUGUGAUGAGCAGGAGAUGCCUCUGCAUGGACUUUAGAGGCAACAUUUUUGGAUCACACCACUUCAGCCCCGAGAGCUGCAGGUUCCAACACCGGACGCUGGAGAACGGCUACGACGUGUACCACUCGCCCCAGCACCGCUUUCUCGUCAGCCUGGGCCGGGCUAAGAGGGCCUUCCUGCCGGGCACGAACCCCCCGCCCUACUCCCAGUUCCUGUCGCGGAGGAACGAGAUCCCCCUCUUUCACUUCCACACCCCACGGCCGCUGCGCCGGCAUACGCGCAGCGCGGAGGACGACGACGCGGACCCCGAUCCAAUGAACGUGCUGAAGCCCCGACCCCGCAUGAGCCCCGGCCUGGCCUCCUGCUCCCAAGAGCUGCGGAGCGCCGAGGACCGCGGCACGGCGGUCAGCGACCCGUUCGGGGUGCUCAGGGACAACAGGGGCAACGCGCAUGCUGGGGGACUGGGCGUGGAGAGGUGCCGCCCUUUCCCUAAGUUUACCUAGGCACUCCAGAAAGGAAUCCUUU